AUGUCCACCCCCUCUGACGCUCCGACCUCCUCCCAAAUCUCGCUCACCGACCUGACCCUCGAACAACUGCACCAAGUGCGCCAACAACUCGAUCAGGAACUGCAGCAUCUGACAAACGCGUUCCAGGAAUUGCGGCUGGCGCAGGUCAAGUUCGCGGCCGCUUUGGAGAGCUUGGAUAGUUUGAAAAAGGCGAAUCAAGGUGAGGGUUUUUGUGCUUGGAAGAGCUAGGAGGGAAGGGAGGUGGGGCUACGGUCAACUAGCGGAGAGGGGUGGGGGGUCCUCUCCGCGUCGAGCUCGAUUCCAGAGGACUGCUAGGAGAGCCAUGCACCACCUACGAUCAAAGCAAUACUUCGGAUCGCACCAUGAUCACUAACAAGCACUGCUCAUCCACCCCCACCUUGUGACACCGCAGACAAGAACAUCCUGAUCCCCCUCACCUCGUCGCUCUACGUCCCGGGCAAGAUCAAGGAUCCCGAACACGUGCUCGUCGAUAUCGGAACUGGAUACUACGUUGAAAAGGUACGAAUCCCUCACCGUGGCAACCACAAACAGAGCGCAGCCCUCCGACACGAGCUCAACCUCAAACCCCCCCCCCCCCCCCCCUCGCUCUCUUCUUUCGCGCAGACAACAAAGCAAGCCAAAACGUACUACAACCAAAAAAACCUCACCCUACGCUCAAGUCUCGCCACCUUGCAAAGCCAGAUCGAAAAGAAGGAGGACAACAUGAGGGCGGCGAUGAGUGUGUAUAACCAAAAAGUCGCACGGGAAGGAGGGGCGCGAGCGGCGCGAGCGGAUGGGGGGGAGGAUAGAUGA